AUCGCCUUCGUGUUAGCGAAUUGUUAUGGGGUUUAAGUUUUCACUAUCGGGCCGGUGAACAGUAUAAUGGUCUGAUCUCAUUUCUGUGUCUCUAUCCAUGGUAGGAACUCAUCCGAGUGAGUAGUCUUUAAUUUUCUCCAUGGAAAGAUCAGUUUUCUCUCCAAUUGUUUGAUAAACAUGACAAUCGCGAUUAAUUUGUCAGUGAAAACUGUUUUAAUAAGAAAUAUUUUUACAAGAAAUUUGUGUGCUUUUGCACCAGUGUUCGAUGAAAACGUUUUGUCUCAUGUUCGUCCAUAUUCAGAACUUCCCGGUCCCAAACCAAUCUUCUUUUUUGGAAACACCUGGAGAUUUAUUCCAUUCAUUGGCGACUUCAACAUUCAAGAAAUCGACAAAGUAUCAAGCCGUCUAUAUCGUGAUUAUGGAGACAUUGUGAAGGUCAGUGGACUGAUGGGCCGUCCAGACAUGGUGUUCCUCUAUGAUGCUAAUGAGAUAAAACGAAUUUUCAAGCAAGAAGAAAAAAUGCCCUAUCGUCCUUCAAUGUCGUCUCUAAAUUAUUACAAGCAUGUCCUCAGGAAAGAUUUCUUCACUAACGCCUGCUCUGGAGUGAUCGCUACUCAUGGCGAAGGUUGGUACCAAUUUCGCACUAAGGUACAGCAAGUUAUGCUCCAACCCCGAAUAGCCAACAUGUAUAUUGGUAACAUCGAAGAAGCAAGUAUUGCAUUCUUGAAAAGGAUUAGGAUGAUAAAGGAUUACAAAGACGAGGUUCCUGACGAUUUCAUUAACGAAAUCAAUAAAUGGGCUCUGGAGUCUAUUGCACAUGUUGCACUUGAUGUUAGGCUUCGUUGUAUGGACGAAAGUGCUAAUGUUGAUACCCAAAAGCUGAUUACUGCUAUUCACACAGUCUUUACUAAUGUCGGAAUCUUGGAAUUGAAAAUUCCAUUUUGGAAGGUUUGUAGAACACCCACAUGGAACGCUUGGGUGGAAGCAUUGGAUAAUAUAUUUAAUUUUGCAACGAAAUAUACAGAAAUAGCUUUAGAGAAAUCUAAAAAUCGUAUCAAAGGAUCUGAGUUGUCACUCUUGGAACGAGUUCUCAAAAUGGACGUUAACAAUGGGCAUAAAUUAGCAGCGGUUCUCGCAUUAGAUCUAUUUCUGGUCGGUGUUGAUACGACUGCCACUGCUGUUGGUUCAAUAUUGUAUCAACUAGCACGUAAUCCGGAGAAGCAAGCGAUUUUGUACGAUGAGUUGAUGCAAAUUCUGCCACGAGAGGAUAUGCAAAUUAAUUGUAAACAUUUGCAGGAUUUGAAGUAUGUGAAGGCAUGCAUUAGAGAAACAUUGAGAAUGCACCCUGUUGUGAUUGGCAAUGGCCGUUGCAUGACCAGAGACACCAUAAUAAAAGGCUACCGAAUUCCAAAAGGCGUGCAAGUUAUAUUCCAACAUUAUGUCAUUAGCAAUCAAGAAAAAUACUUUGCGAACAGCAAUGAAUUCUAUCCAGAACGGUGGCUGCAGGAAAACACAUCACGGCAUGCAUUUGCAUCCUUACCAUUUGGAUAUGGCAGACGAAUGUGUCUUGGAAAACGAUUUGCUGAUCUUGAACUGGUCAUGGUCAUAAGCAAGAUUCUGCAGAAGUUCAAACUGGAAUAUCAUCAUCGGGAUUUGGAUUAUCAUAUUAAUCCUCUCUAUACACCCAAAGGCCCAUUGAAAAUUAAAUUCAUAGCGAGAUAAGAAUAAACAUGUAGAAUAAGAUACACACGAAAAUUUGACAUUUUUAAAAUAGAUUUAUUGAAUGUAUGAAAAUUAUAUAACAUUUUUUUAAUAAAUAUCCGUUACAAUUUCAAUUCACAUAUUUCUGGACGGUAUUUGAACUGUAUCUUAUACAUUUUCCUAUAUCAUACAUGAAACUGUGAAUCACCCGAUAAUCUAUACGGAACGAGUUAUUUAGUUAAUUUUACGAUUUUUAAAUCGUGAAAUUGCAUGGGUAGAAUUAGAACGGUGGACCAUAAUGAAGGAUUUGGCCAUUUUACGAUGGUCAAUCUUAAUUUGAAAGUAAAAAAAAAUAGCUCCAAAUCAAUUCCUUUUUUUUUAUUACAUUG